AGGAAUUUCAACUAUGUUUAAAAGAAUUAAUAAAUGUGUUCAAAGAAUUCGCAAUUUGUUUCGAAAGAAGAACAAGGUUCAACCUUUAAUCUCCGAGGCGACUGAACCAGAGAACAUUUACGUGCCUACCCCUGUGCACCUUUUCCAAGUGCCACAGGUGAGAUUUACAGAAGCACGUACUGAGAGAGAAGAACCUAUUGAAAAUGUGAUAGAAACGCAAGUAGAAAGCGUGAAAGAAAGAGUGGAGGAAACUAUAAUAGAAAGCAAAUAUCUUCUCAAUGUGAUUGCUGAGGACACUGAAGAUGAUUCUGACCAUGGAGAGGUCAUAGAGAAAGAAGCAGUGUCAAGCUCAUCAGAAGAUGAAGCUGAGAAUCCUCCAGGCACAGAUACUGAAGCGGUUGUGUUCCCUUCAGAUGCCUCUACUAGUGCCUCUAUGGGAUCUAAUUCUAGCUUUACAGAUGAUCCCAUCAUGAUUGAACCAAGCCCUGGGGCAAUACUAAUUGCAGUACAAGAAGCCAAGACAUUUUCAGAUGAGCCUAAGCCUCUAAUGUCUGGAAGAUGUUUCCUUAUGGCUUCCCCGGGCAGUGAAAGUACAUCAAUAUCAAUAACGACUUCAGGAAGUGAAACUUUAUCACAGACUGAGAAUCUAUCAGAAGAGUCAGAAGAAGAGAAUGGAAAGACCUCGGAAUUACAGUCUGACCAUCUGGUAGAAGAGAUGAAUAUGACUAGUGGGAAUGUCUCAGCAUUAUCGGAUCUUCCACAAAUGUCAGAUAAAAGAACAGACAGUGAUUUCUAUUGCUCAACUGAUUCAAGGAGAAGCCUAUAUGAGCAAAAUACGCCUUCAGGAUGUCCUGUACCAGCAAACAGUCUGGCAGGUGGAUCUGUUAUUUCAGAGAGAGAGUCAGAGAAAGAAAUAAGUUCUGUUAAACUUAAUGUAAGUACCUAAUAGUAAAUUACUAGCUACAACAUAAUGGUGAGACUAUAAGAAUAUUUAUAUAAUAGAAUUACUUCCAGUCUGAAUUGACCUUUUCCCAAUGCAUCUGAAUUAACAGAGUCUCUUUUUGCCCUUUAGCUUCCUCGGGCUCCACAAAAUUCUAUGGAUUUAGUCCAAC